AUGGAGUUUGCCAUGGUGGGUGCGGACGGCGGGUGCAAUAGUCACCUGCCGUACGGAUAUGCCCAAGCUCGCGCACGGGAGAGGGAGCGCGAGAGGGAGCGCCAGGCUGCCCAUUCGAGAGCGGCGGCUGCCGCGGCCGCUGCCGAAGGUGGGUCCGGUGCGGAAGGAGGAGGAGGAGGCGGCAGCGGUAGCGGCGGUGGUGGCAGCGGCAGCGGCAGUGGUGGCGGCGGCUGCGGCGGCGGCGUGGGGGGCUCCACCUCCACCUCCUCCUCGAGCGCUCAUCUCCUUAACAACCGCCAGCAUCAGUCUCGCGCCGCCUCCUCAGCGAACGCCAACAUCAGCAGCGGCGGUACCGCCUCGCGCCCCUCCUCCUCCUCCACCUCCUCCUCGCAGCCGCCACAGCACCAGCAGGAGCCCGAGCAGCAGCAGCAGCAGCAGAGAGUUGUCAGAGAGCGGAAAAAGCAGCGCGGCGUCGGACGGUGGAGACGCAACCGGACGACUCUCGGCGGGGACCUGCGCCACUCGGAGCUGGCGCUGCUCGGAUCCGAGGAGGACAUCAUGAUAGAGGAGGAAGAGGCCGAGGGAGCGGAGGAAGAGGAGGAGGAGGAGGAGGGGGACCGGGGAAGCAAGAGGUCGAGUUUUCUGUGUAACAUGGAUGAUGAGGAGGAGACCGUGUCGCUCACUGACAGGCGCCCUCAGUCCGGAUACGAAAAUGUUUACAGCGAGUGCGGCUGCUGCGAGAGAGUUGUCAUCAACGUGUCGGGACUCAAGUUUGAAACUCAGCUCAAGACUCUCACUCAGUUCCCGGACACUCUCCUGGGAGACCCCGACAAGCGAAUCAGGUACUUCGACCCGCUGAGGAACGAAUACUUCUUCGAUCGGAACCGACCGAGCUUUGACGCCAUUCUUUACUAUUACCAGUCAGGGGGGCGGUUGAAAAGACCCGUCAACGUCCCGUUUGACAUCUUCUCCGAGGAGGUGAAGUUUUAUGAACUCGGGGAAGAGGCGAUCCUCAAGUUUCGGGAAGAUGAGGGUUUUGUCAAAGAGGAGGAGAAGCCUCUCCCGGAGGACGAGUUCAAGCGCCAAAUUUGGCUGCUUUUUGAGUAUCCGGAGAGCUCGAGCCCUGCCCGGGGCAUCGCGGUCGUGUCCGUCCUUGUUAUAGUAAUUUCUAUUGUCAUUUUCUGCCUGGAGACGCUGCCAGAGUUCAGGGAUGAAAAAGAGUAUCUACAGCCACGACACAACUCCACUCAACCUGACCACGGAUUUACUCCUUUCAACGACCCGUUUUUCAUCGUGGAGACGGUUUGCAUCAUCUGGUUCUCCUUUGAGAUUAUAGUCCGCUUCUUUGCGAGUCCGAGCAAACCGGCUUUCUUUAAAAACAUUAUGAACUCAAUAGACAUUGUAUCCAUUUUGCCUUAUUUCAUAACUCUCGGCACGGACCUGGCGCAGCACCAAGGCAACGGGCAGCAGGCGAUGAGCUUUGCCAUCCUGAGAAUAAUCCGCCUUGUCAGGGUGUUUCGCAUCUUCAAGCUGUCCAGGCACUCCAAGGGGCUGCAGAUCCUGGGUCAUACCCUGCGCGCCAGCAUGAGGGAGCUGGCCCUCCUCAUAUUCUUCCUGGUCAUCGGUGUCAUCCUGUUCUCCAGCGCGGUGUACUUCGCCGAGGUGGACGAGCCCACGUCGCAGUUCACGAGCAUCCCCGACGCGUUUUGGUGGGCCGUGGUGACCAUGACGACGGUGGGCUACGGUGACAUGAAGCCCAUCACCGUGGGGGGGAAGAUAGUGGGCUCCCUGUGCGCCAUCGCGGGCGUGUUAACCAUCGCGCUCCCGGUGCCGGUCAUAGUGUCCAACUUCAACUACUUUUACCACAGGGAGACCGACAACGAGGACCAGACGCCGGUGGUGGAGAGCAUGCCCCCGGGGUGCCCGUAUUUCCCAGACUUUUUAAGGAAAUUCAAAGGCUCGCCCUCGGGCUCCUCUCUGGGUGACAAAGCGGAGUAUAUGGAGAUGGAGGAGGGGGUGACGGAGUCGCUUUGCGGGCUGGACAAGAGCCCCAGUAAAGGAAACGGCACAGACAUAGGCAGGAAAAACAGUACUAACUCCAAAUCCAUUCAGACUGACGUGUGAUUACAAGUAGAGUUUCCCUUUUUUCUUUUUUCCCUAAAGAAGAAUACACCCUAUAAAGACACUGUAUGCCCAAGAGCAGGUGGUCCCCAUGACACAAGUUUUACGCACGCCACAGAGCCCCACACACACGCACAAACACACACACUCACAGGCCACUAAUUGGCAGGUUGAAAUGUUUCAUUCACUCCAUCUCAGACUAGUAUCUCCCACAACUUUUAGAGAAAUAAAAAUAUCAUCAAUGAGUUUAUUAAUGAAUUUGUCUAACCUGUGCGGGCUUCCAAAUCUGACAUCAAAUUUAAAGUCUACAUGACAGGCUAUGCAUUCGCACUUUAUGAGUUUCAUCUGUCAAUAACAGAGAGGGGGUGGGGACGAUGGUUUUGCUGUUAUGCAAUAAAGUUAAAAAAAAAUAAUUGUUUGCACUAAUGUAGAAUUUGCGCUGGGUUCGGCUGAUUUUUAUUUCAGAGACAGAAACUGUAGGCCAUGCAAAUGGCAAUAAUUAAGUCAUCCUCUGACCACUUAGCUGAAGAAUGUUUGAGGAACUUCCUCAAAGAGAGCAACCUAAUGAUAUUAAUAACCUCUUUCAUGCGCUGCCAGUAAAAAAAAUAAAAAUUGGAGUCCAAUAAAGGAAAAGCCUGAGACAGAUAAAAGACUUUUGUUACUGUUCCAACACUUAAUAUGAACAAAGAGCUCAUUGAUAAGACACAGCAUUUAGCAGUCAUCAAAUAAACCAGGGCUAGAAUUAUUUCUAUGACAUCUACACAAAUAUGCUUUUCCACACAAAAGCCUUGUGUUGUUGACCCACUAUGAGAGCUAAGCACAGGAAACAUCAGAGUUAAAAAAAAAAAUGGCUGGAGAAAUGACUUGCCCCGCCAGGUUUUGUAUGGACAGGCUUGGAGCCUUGGCGACAACAGUCUCCCCAGUUUCAUUUAAACCACCUCAAAAUGACAAUAUCCCUUUACACGGACGCAGAUGGAAAGCUAUAGCAAAAACGACUCUGUUGUGGAAAACUCCUCGGAGGGGAGCUUGCGAGCAACUUCCUCUCCUGUCCGCUGGACUUCGUGCACAAAAUUUCUUUUUUUUCUCAAGAGGACUAUGAUUAUCUCCGAGCUCAGAGGAUCUCCGGGAUGUGGAUGUCUUCCAAGCGCUGCCAGCUACAGGGAGAGGGAGUAUCCCCCACAUCUCUGGAAAUUGCAGAGAACAAGCAAAACAUUGGGACUGGUCAUCUCGAGCACGAGCAGAGACUGAAAAAGCAACAACUGGACUCGGGACUCGGCACUUGAACAAGUGGGGAUGAGAGCUGCUGUGUGACAUCAGUAAACAAACCCUCGAGGGUUGAGUUGGCAAAUGAGUAAGUCGUGGCCCAAAAUGAUUGCCUUAAUUACUACACAUAUACAGAUGUAUGAAGUAAUGAAACUAAGAGACUUAUAGUUCAAAGUUUAAAGAUGUUUUCUUUACAUGUGAAAAAAAGUGUCUUGUAAGGAACAGAUGUGAAUAUUUUAAUAUGAUAGAGAUAAUGUUUGGUUGUAAUGUCGACAUAAUGUUUUAGUUGGGUCGGCUUCGUAGGUGUCAUUGGUUACUAAAUGGUGAGUUUGCUCUCUGCUUAUGUGCAGUCAGCACUACGACUUAAUCUAUUUUUAUCUUGUUUCAUAUUGUCAACCAAACAAGGCUGGCCUGAGUUGCUCACUCAAACGCUGGCGACAAACUCUUAAUUCACAUCGUGUCAUAACACAUGAAACUCCUCAUUCAGAAAGUGUAUAGAGGGUCGAGAGAGAAGACAUAUAUUGACUGGCUCAAUGCGACACACUGAAACACAUCACAAGAACAUCCUCUCAUAUUACGAUCCACUUACACUAAAGCAAAGAUGUCAGGCACAUAAACACCAUCAUAAAUAUCUGCCACACUCACUUUCUAUCACAGAAAAACAGCGGGUGAAACUCGCAGGGGCUUUCACCGUAAAGACGAAAUACCUUAGGUUUUUUUCUCAGAUGCAAAUUUAGAGCUGACCAGCUGCUUUGUUGAUAUGUUUUCACUUUAACUGUAUGCAAAAGUAACAUGGACGUGUGUUAUAUAUUUUUUUAAACCUAGCCUUGAUAAUUACAUAACCAAAGGUGAAACCCUGAAUUUAUUGUAUGUUGUGGACUUCUGGAAAAAUGUCGUGAUAUAGAUGCACACUGAAUAGGAUAAAAAAAUGUAAAUAGCAGACAUUUAUACUUGUGUGUCCUAAGAUGUGUUGCAGAUAGAGUAAUUUGAGACUUUUUACUUUCUUUGACUGUUAUGACCAUCGACCAUGCUCAUCUGUGUUUGGUUUGUCCUCGCUGAUACAAUCAUGUUCCUCAUAUUGUUGCAAAUGCUGCUCCAACAUUCUUUGUUGUUUUUGGCCAUUUAUUUUCUUCUUUAUUUUAUUUUUUUUAAUUCACCUUCUCAUUCAUUUGGCAGACUAAAACACGAGGUUGCUGAUGUUGUUUGUGGAGCUUUGUCAGAGAAGCGUUGGACACAGUUACCUCUCUAAGACCUGCGAUGUUGCCCAUGAAUGAAAUAAUUACACGUUGCCAGGUUUUACUUUAGUUUUUGGCAGUAGUUGUGAGAUAGAUGACACAUCCUAAUAAAAAUAGUGUUUUAUUUUCCUAUAUUUCCCUUCAGAAAUCAUCCUUUGACAUACUGUGUUAACUAUAUGGGCACUUGAAUUAAAGCUCUUGGUCCUAGUGUCUUUUUCCUCUACUCCUAAAGAAAAUCCAAAGUUCACGUUCUUGCUCCUUUCCCAAAAUUUCGUAUCUGUAAUUACCUCAAUAAUAGUAUCCCUCAGACCAGCUGUUUACUGAAUGUUCCAGAUGUUUCCGUAGUGUCACAAGAAAACUUGUAACCACAGAAUAGCCACAAUAGUUUUAAAUAGAUGUCAAUAUUUUCUUUAGGGAAUCCUUACGGGGAGGAUGUUUUUUUAUUCUUUUGAGGUUUUCAUCUCUGCAUAUCAAAGGUUUACGGAAUACCAGAAUACUCCAGCAGAGCUUCAGGAUUUUUAAAUGUGCAAAGUUUUUGCCUCUUAAAAAGUUACAUGAAAAUAAAAGUCGGAUUGAAAUGAAGAAAAUGUCAGUGGGAGAACAACUCUUUAAAAAUCAAGUUAAUGUAAAGAUGAAGUAUCAGUCCCAUUAGUCAGGGAAUAGAAAAGUAAUAACGGCAAAACAAAUUUUACAGCAAUGUAUGUUUUUGUUUGUUUUGUUUUUGUUUUGGUGAUUUGGCAGAUGAACCGAAUCACCACUAUGAGAUUAAAUACAAACAUAGUACAGCUCCGUCAUUAACUCUUUCUACUACAAACCAGCAGGCAUGAAAUUAAUCUUUAAGGUUGCCAAGACUUCGAUGAGUAGUAUAAACAUGAAGCUACAGCCAGCAACCAGUUAGCUUAGCAUAAAGACAUAUGAGAAUUUUAAAUUUAUCCAUUUGAUAAUUCUGGAUUACGACCUCCAGCAUUUGGAUCAUGUAGUGCGGUACCUGUUGGGUACCUGGCAGGCUCAGGGUGACGACAAGACCUCAAGAACUUUGUCUUCACACUUUGGCUGUUGUAGGAAUUAAACAAUCGAGAUGUGAAUUGUUGAGCUUUAAAGUUGCCAGCAAGCAAAGGCUGCACGAUAUGAGGAAAAUAUCUGAUGACGUUGUUGAAUAUGGCGACAACAACAGUUCUUGGGAUAAAUUAACAGAUAUUCAUAUGAGCUCAGUUCUGCCCUGUUGCUACUUUCACUACAAUGCUUGUUGAAUUAAAAAAAGCAGAUGCUAUUUGCACCAAGGUGUCUUUGCCAGUAGUGCUAUUUCAAUAGGGCCAUUUACAACCAGAUAGCAGCGGAGGCAAGCACCCCAGUGUCUGUAGCCAACAAUGCUAUUUACACCCAAGUGUAUGUUUGUGGUUGGUUUAAUAAAGUUAGAAUAUAGCGUACAGGUACACAAACAGGUCUGUUCAGCUAUUCUGCUAAAGUUUAUGUCACAGUGUGCAUUUAGCAGCUUUAUACAUCCUGGAAUAAUACGUCACUACGUCUAAAAGUAAUAAGCCAGCGUAGACUCAUACAGGACACAAACCCCAGUCUCCUGUGUGAAAGUCUUGUGCAUGACCCCAGUGCCACUAAGGCUGCCCCCGACUAAGAAUUUUCCUUGUCGACCGACAGUCGUCAUUUAGGGCCAUUAGUCGACUAGUCGCCCACAUGGUUAUGAUAUUAAUUUAAUUAUUAAAUGAUAUACUUUGGGCGGGGCG